AUGUACUCCGCGGGCGUGGAGAUCCUGGGCAUGGUGCUGGCUGUGGCGGGCGCGCUGGGCGUGAUGGUGACCUGCGGCCUGCCCAUGUGGCGGGUGGCGGCCUACAUCGGGCAGAACAUCGUCAUCUCGCAGGUCAUCUGGGAGGGCCUGUGGAUGAACUGCUCGGUGCAGAGCACGGGCCAGAUGCACUGCAAGGUGCACGACUCCAUGCUGGGGCUGCCGCCCGACCUGCAGGCGGCCCGCGCCCUGGUCAUCGUCUCCCUGGUGCUGUGCGUCGCCGCCGUCGGCCUGUCGGUGGCCGGCGCCAAGUGCACCAACUGCAGCCGGGACGCGAGCAGCAAGCCGCGGCUGGCGGUGGCGGCGGGGGCCACCUUCGCGGCGGCGGGGCUGCUGCUGCUGAUCGCCGUGUCCUGGACGGCCCACGUCAUCGUCCUGGACUUCUACGACCCGCUGCUGGAGGAGACGGGGAAGAGGGAGUUCGGGAAUGCGCUGUACUUCGGCUGGGCGUCCUCCUGCCUGCUCGUCCUCGGGGGGGCCCUCCUCUGCUGCUCCUGUCCAAAGUCACGAGACUCAUUCACUGAAAAGUGUGCCUGGUCUCAACUCCUGCAGCUGGUGUCGGCGUUCAUCGGGGUGAACAUCGUCACGGCACAGACCACCUGGGAGGGCAUCUGGAUGAGCUGCGUGGUCCAGAGCACCGGCCAGAUGCAGUGCAAGGUCCACGACUCCAUGCUGGCGCUGAGCAGCGACCUCCAGGCGGCCCGGGCCCUCACCGUCAUCUCCAUCGUGUUGGGAAUCAUCGGGGUCCUCGUGGCCAUCAUGGGGGCCAAAUGCACCAACUGCGUGUCCGAGGAGGCGAGUAAAGCCCGGGUGAUGAUCGCGGCCGGGGCGGCCUUCGUCCUGGCCUCCCUGACCCAGCUGAUCCCCGCGUCGUGGUCGGCCCACUCCAUCGUGACGGAGUUCUACAGUCCGCUCAUUCCUGAAGCCCAGAAGAGGGAGAUCGGCGCGGCGCUGUACCUGGGCUGGGCCGCAGCCGCCUUCCUCCUCAUCGGAGGGUGCAUCCUGUGCUCCAGUUGCCCCAAGGAACCGGAGAAAAGAUUCGGACCUCCAUCAAAGAUGAUGUACACCCCAAACAGCUCCGUCGCCCCCAGCGGCUUCAACAGGAGGGACUACCCGAUAGCAGGGAGUCUGGAGCAGAGCGCCCAGGUCCUUCCUCCCCUCCCGGUGAUGUCAGAUGCAAAGAGAAAAACUGAACCCAAUCACCGUCCUGCUGACUGCACUUUCCGCCUCUUGUUUUGUUUUUUCAGUGAAACGCUCUCAGGUGAGACUCGCGUCCAGCAGCAGGAGAGGAAGACGCCUCGCAGCAUGUCUAUAGGACUGGAGCUGAUAGGGAUCACCCUCUGCAUUCUGGGAUGGAUUAUCGCCAUCGUGGCGUGCGCCCUGCCCAUGUGGAGGGUGACGGCCUUCAUCGGCAGCAACAUCGUGACGGCCCAGAUCAUCUGGGAGGGGCUGUGGAUGAACUGCGUGGUCCAGAGCACGGGCCAGAUGCAGUGUAAGGUCUACGACUCCAUGCUGGCGCUGUCCCAGGACCUGCAGGCGGCCCGGGCGCUCACGGUCAUCUCCAUCCUGCUCGCCAUCCUGGCGGUGCUCAUCGCCAUCGCCGGGGCCAAAUGCACCAACUGCAUCGAGGACGAGGCGUCCAAGGCCAAGGUGAUGAUCAUCUCCGGGGUGUUCUUCAUCGUGUCGGGGGUCAUGCAGCUCAUCCCCGUCUCCUGGUCGGCCAACACCAUCAUCAGGGACUUCUACAACCCGCUGCUCACCGACGCCCAGCGGCGGGAGCUGGGAGCCGCGCUCUACAUCGGGUGGGCGGCGGCCGCACUUCUCAUUCUGGGCGGCGGACUGCUGUGCUGCUCCUGCCCGCCACGCGAGGCCAGAUACAACCCCUCACGGAUGGCGUACUCCGCGCCGCGGUCCGCCGGGGGGCCGGCCCUCGAGAGGAAAGACUACGUAUGAACGGAUGUCCAAGAGGAGAAGACAUGAACUGAAUUUCUUAGAAAAAACUCUCCACACGAAGACGACAGUUCUGAGAAAAAGACUUGAAUAAGUUCUUUUUUUUUUCCAAAGUCAACAUGUCAAAUGAAAUGUUAAAUGUUGUCAUUGUGAAAUCACGUUUUUUUUAUACAGUUCAAACUUAAAAAUGUUUACGAAUGAUUUUUAUGUACUAAAGAACACAGAUUUCACCUGUAAAAACACUAACGUCUAACCAGAAAAGGGGGAUUUUACUGUGGUGAUGAUACAAAGGAAGAGUGCUGUAAAUACUUUAGUCAACCAGCUCUUACAGACACAACCCGUGAAACUAUGUUCAGCGCAGCGCCGAGUGCAGCCGGGUG